CGCGGGGCCAUAAAAGCCGCGGCCGCACGGGGCGCGCGCCGCCCACCGCCAGCAGCGGCCGCCAUGCACGUGAACGGCAAAGUGGCGCUGGUGACCGGCGCGGCGCAGGGCAUCGGCCGAGCCUUUGCGGAGGUGCUGCUGCGCAACGGCGCCAAGGUAGCACUGGUGGACUGGAAUCUGGAGGCAGGUGUACAGUGCAAGGCUGCCCUGGAUGCGCAGUAUGAGCCUCAGAAGACUCUCUUUAUCCAGUGCGAUGUGGCUGACCAGGAACAACUGAGAGAUACUUUCAGAAAAGUUGUAGACUACUUUGGAAGAUUGGACAUUUUGGUCAAUAAUGCUGGAGUGAAUAAUGAGAAAAACUGGGAAAAAACUCUGCAGAUUAAUCUGGCUUCUGUUAUCAGCGGAACCUAUCUUGGUUUGGAUUAUAUGAGCAAACAGAACGGAGGGGAAGGCGGCAUCAUCAUCAAUAUGUCGUCCUUAGCAGAUGAGGAAGCCCAGGUAGGAGAAUUUAAGUGACUUGCACAAGUUUACAUGGCGAGGAAGCAGUAAAACUGGGAUUUACAUGCAAACAGCCUGAUACAAGGCCCCGUUUGCCUUUACCACCAGAUUAUCUCUGCUAUUUUGAGUUUGUCUGUCAAUCAUUUCUCCAUCCAUGUCUAUUUUCGCCUAACUAUGAAGUAAAAGGGACUGAAUUCCUAUGACCUGAGUCAGCCGGCAGGAUUCGUAGCACCUCCAAGCCCCCUGGGAACCGCUCGAGCCUCCGGACUAUGUCACUAAACCUUUGGGGACAUCUUGAGCUUUUGGCCCCCUUGGCACACUUAUUAAAGCCCUGAAAACAUCUGGGGAGCUCCCCAAGGUCUCAAGUCAAAACACGCCAUUGAGAAGAGCCGCCUUAAGGGUUACAGCUGGGCAUCUACUUUGCCUUCUGGGCCAAGGGCUUGAUUUAACCCAGUCCCCAAGCCUGGGUGUUAAUUCUCUUUUUAUUUAUCUUAGAGCCAAUGCAUGGAACCCUGUGUGGAUCUUUGUCUAGUUAGGCAGAUAAAGCAGUGAAAGGUGAUAAAGAUAAGAUGGUUGUGAAUUAUUUUCCUGGGCCCCUUACAAUUGAAUGAAUAUCGCAGCACGCCAGACCGUUCUUCCCCGCCGGCGGGGUGUCUCUGUUUACCUCAGUUAGUGAAUCUUUGCCGUUUCUAUGAGAUUUGGAACCUUCAUCCUUACAAACGGAGGUGCCCUUCCUCCCUAGUGCCCGACCACAUCUGGUGCACUUACAGUUUCCUGCUCCCCUGCCUGGACAGCCCCUGCGAGCUCGCCCCCCACCCAGAGCAUUGUCCCUAAGGUGCCCCCAUCUCAGAACCUAUUGUCAUAUAUUUUAUCCACUCUCACCAAGAGCUGGGAUUCUUCCCAUAAAGAGAUGACUUAGAUAAAAAUCCAGGAUUUUAUAGCAGGAGAAGAAGAUGAGGGAGGACGUCCCAGGCCUCACACCUCCCUCAGAAAUGCUGCCAGCAGUGUCACACCCUGGACGCCACAGCGGACUGGCCGAGGCCGGAGGCCCAGGAGGGCUUGGAGGGUUUACCAGGCUCACAGCACUUCUCCCCCCCGUGUGUUAAGCACAACUGACAAAGCUGUAGGGAAAGGGUUUCGAGCACCUGCUCCCUCCGGGUUUUCCAAACUCGUUCCUCUCGGACUCCUGAGAGCCCGCUUGCCCCUGCUGCCAGCCCUGCUGAAGGACUGGCUGCGGCACCGUCCGGCCCGGCCUCGCUGGGACUCGGGAGGCCUUCGCUGCCGGCGGGGCCCGGAGCCGGCACGCUGGUCUGGGCAGGGAAGUUAAUGAGUAAUGGCCGCUGACGCAGACCGAGUAUCCAAGACAGUCAGUGAGUGUCCCACGCAGAGGAGCCGUCGCAGGGCCGAGUGACGCCUCGGCCUGCGGAGUGGCGGCUGUGCUCCGGGCGGGGGCUGCACAAGUUGUUCCGAUCGCCGCCCACCACUCUUCUGCAGGAGCUUUUGUCAACCAUCAUCCCGUGAGACCUGCACUCAUGUGGCCACAUCCGUCCUUACCUACUAAAAACAGUAAAAGUUGGAGGGAACGCCAGGGAAGAGUGAAGUCUGCUUUAAUGUAGAUAAUUACACACUUGCUCCCGUGACAGUCAGGUUCGCUUCUUGUAUACAUAGUGGCUUCAAACAGUGGGAAGGACAAAGCAGUUUGGCACAGGAGUGGGAAUCUGCCCAGCAAUCCCGCUCCCACGUGCCCGUGCGCUAAGCCACAGAGGCCUGGGUAUGCACUGGGGGCGUCCUGUGCAUCUCUAAGCCACGUCACUCCGUGGCUUUUGUGAGCAGGGCCAUGAAAGUCUUACUCUGAGUUAAAAACAGGAGAGUCUCAAGAAUAUACUUGUAAAUCAAAGAAUUUGUCUUAGCAUAUCUUCAACACAAUACGCACUUGAGCUAUAAAUUUUACCUAAAUGAAUAUAAUUAGCUUGCAGUUUGUGUUAAGGUGACAGUGCUAAAGUGGCCACAGUAAGUAACGAAUGCAAGUUAGUCAAACCCUUGUUGAGCAUUUGCAUAGAGGAAAUGGAGACAUAUAGGUAACUAGACCAAGUUGCUACCCCAAGAACUGUAUGACAGUAUCUCUUACUGUUGUGACAGAACUAAAUAAUUAGCAUGAUACAGUCUAAGCAGAAACAUACAAUGGGGUUGCAAGGCAUUGGGAUCCCCAUGGCCUGAAGAGCAGUAGUUAGACUGGAAUGUCACAACAGACCAGAAAUUUCAGGUGAGUUAAAACACUGGUCACCUUCCGUCAACUCCAGGCCGAAUGGAGAAAUCACGUAGUACCACCGUCUGCAACGGUUAUUUUUUGGAAGGGGGCCGAACAUAUUUUGCAACUGCCAAGUUCUAGGCAUUGUGAUAAAUGAUUGCCUAUGUGAUGUCACACUUAACUCUUAAAAGUCCCUACAGUGGAGGUCAGUUCAAUUAUCUCCAACUUAUAGCUGAACAAUUGGUCUCAAAUAGGUGGCAUAACUUGGAAAAUGUAGGGAGAAUUUGUAGUAUAGUAAAUCGAUUUUAUUUUGCUAUAUUUUAGUGUGCAUCCUGGAAUGGCUGAGCCUGCAUUAUCUGGAUCUUAAUUGGUCAGAUGCCAGCGGUUAAGUAUCUGUGAACCCCCUGUCUUGUUUAGUACUGGCAAAAUAAGUCAUGGUGUCCAUUUUGCUGUUUUAUGGCUUAAACUUACUAAGAAGACACAGACUACAAGGAAAUAGUAGAUCAAGCUUACAUAUGUAUAAAUCAGUCUUUUGAGAAAGACAAAAGAUUUAGGGAAUCCUGAAAGAUUACUAGGAUGUGAACAGUCUUCUGGGAUUUAACGUGCAUAGACAUUCCCCAGGGGCUUUGUUCAGAUGCACGUCCUGACUUGGCAGGUGUGGGGUGGGGUCCUAAAAAUCUGAUGCUCAUUCUUGGACCCCGCUUCGAGCAGCCAGCCUCUAGCAGUCUUGGGAUGCUCUCUGAGUGUGAUGUGGAGACACUCUGCAAAGCUCAUGCUUCCUCUGAUCAUAGCAUGAGCAAAGACUGGACUUGUAAGGAGGAUUUUGGUGGAACAUAAGAAGCAACUUUCUGAGAAUUAACAAGAGUUAAUUCUCAAGGAAGUUACCUUUCCAGAAAGACUUUUAUUAUAGGUGAUGUAGAGGUUUUAUGAAAGCUUAUCUCACUUUUCAUGUCACGUCACACUUCAAAACCUGAUCCGUUAAUGGCAAACAUGAGGCCGAGGGGGGGGAAGCAUCAGAUAAGAUGUCCUGUUAUGAGGAGAGUCACAGUCGUGACUGUGGGUGGCUUUCUGCGUGAACAGGGAUAAGUAGAUGCUUGUUAGUUCUCCCUUUUCCUUCAUUUUAGAGAAAGCAUGGUUAAAAACAGGAAGAUGGGGACACAAAAAACGAAAAAAGUUUUUUCGAUUGUGAAGAAAAUAAGAGGGCUUCACUGCCUGCUUUUUGGCGCAGCUGCUGAUUAUCAAGUUUAUUAUGUAGGUUCUCAAUUGAUUUUCCUCAGUUGAAUUUCUUGAACAUUUCUGUCUAGUGUGUUGUAUAUGAUUUCUAUCCAUUUAAAGGAAAAUAUGUUUGGUGAUUCAGUACAAUUGCCCUGUCUGAAGAGACGUCAGUUUUUUGCCCAGAAUAUUUUUGAGCUUUUUACCUUCUAUGUGAUGUAGAAAUGAAAGGUGUUUGUUGUAAAUAUGGGUAGAAAGAAUAUUAAGGACAGAAGAACUAAUGUGGAAAUGGAAAUGUAUUGUUUUACACGACUUCCUUGUUUAAUCUGUAAUUGCAUGUGUAAUUUUAAGAUAUUAAUUUUUUUUAUAAUUAUCUUAUUGGUCAAUGGCCAUUUGGUGUUACUCUCCUGAGUGGUUGUAGAAAAUACUUCUCUGUUUUGUGGGUCAAGUUUCUCCCUCUACUGGUAUUUUUUUCUAAAUCUACAGUUAUGACAGAUACAAACCUGCUACUAAAUAGACAUGUUCUAUUUGGAAGAGAACCAUUUUGUAAUUCUGUAAGUCACCUUGCAUAGUGCUGGCCCCAGAAUAAGUAUUGCAAAAUCCAUUCUUAACUCUUUUAAUAUCAGGAAUCCUUUUUUAAGCACAGAUAAGAGAUUUCUUACAACGCUGAACAAAGGACAUUUCUUUAUAGGCUGUUCUCAUUGUCACAAGCUUUUAUUUUGUUGCUGAUCUUAAAUCCUUUAAAACAAAAUAAUGCCCCUGUGCCUAUGGGAAUUACUUUGAAAGAUUCCAACUACCCAAAGUAAUUCCAGCAACUGGCCCUGUGGCCAUCACACUGGCAGAACCCCCUGAAGCUGGAAGGGGUAACUGGCUGUUCAGCUGAAGAAGUCCUACCCGACCCCUGCCCCAGGAGUCCCUCCACACAGUUCAGUAGACUAUAUAGUCAAUACCCCUUCCUUAUACUUUGUUCUUGAAAGGUUCUUAAUGAAACAAUAGCAAAUAGUCAUGCUUAGAAUGGUCCAGGCACUGUUUCAGGUAUUUUAUGUAAAUGAGCUCAUUCAGGACGUCCUGUAGCUGCCGCUGGUCACUCCAGCUCAAGAAGAAAGACACUGCGGUCACAGUGGCCACCCCUCCUAAGGCAGCGUGGCUCGUUCUGCCGGAUGCAGCAGCAUUUGAGCUCAGCCGAUCUGGCACCCAAACCCCAAACCACUGUGUCCUUCUUGACAAAUUCAGUUGAAAGGUCAGUUUUAAGUGGUUAAAUAUUGU